ACCUCGUACAUGCUGGAUUUCUGGAGUGAAACAACGUAGCUAUACAAUGACAAAUAAAUACAUUCUCUAAAAUAUAUUCAAGGGGUUUAUGUACCUCUUCGAUUCAACUAGAUCGUGUCCAGCACACCUGAAGGUAUGUCAUAAUUGACAUGAUGUUUGACUUGACAACGUAACCAAUGUUUAUGCAAACUUUAGCUAGCAUUCGUGGCUAGUUGGCUAGUUAUCACAUUAGUUAGCGUUACAGUAUUUCAAUACUUUACAUGGUUAUUAUAUUAGCUUGCCUUGACUCUUGGUCUAGAUGGGAAACCGCCGAAAAAUAAGAACCUUGCAGAUAAGGUUCGCAAAACGGAAACUUCCACGGAGGUCAAAAACAAACCGUUCGAGGUGAAAAUCAACCGGGAAAAGUUUGACAUUAACCAGGUAAAGCGGUAAUACUGAAGACACAGCGUAAUGGUUGGACUGAGUGUAGUGGGUCAUGAAUGGUUACACAUGUUGGCGUGGAUGGAUCUAGGCUAGCUCUAGAUCUGUUUGUGUUGUCUUAACAACUCCAAUGGUCAUUGAUUGUCCAUAAGAGUUGACAAAACAGCACAAACAGAUCUGGGACCAGGCUAGAUGGAUGCUAAAUAACAGCAAGGGGAAAGAGACACUGCUGAAGGAAUACAAGGACAAGGCCAAUAAGUUCAUAGACCGAAGCUUUGGUGAAUAUGACACCAACAUGGACCCAGAGGAGAAAAUCCUGCAGAGGUUUUCAAUGGAUCGACAGCGUACCCAGGACAAGAAGGACAUGUACAACCUAAAUGAGGAGGAGGAGUUGACCCACUAUGGCCGGUCUCUGUCUGAGAUGGAGAAGCUCAACGACAUGGUAGACAGUGGUGAUGAAGCCGAUGAGAAAGGAAUGCUCUCAGCCGAGCUGACAGCGUCCCACUACGGAGGAGGAGCAGGAAGACCCCAGGAGAGAAGGACGAUCAGGGGGACCACAAAGACAAGUCCAGGAGAGAAGGACGAUCAGGGGGACCACAAAGCCAAGUCCAGGAGAGAAGGACGAUCAGGGGGACCACAGCCAAGUCCAGGAGAGAAGGACGAUCAGGGGGACCACAGCCAAGUCCAGGAGAGAAGGACGAUCAGGGGGACCACAAAGCCAAGUCCAGGAGAGAAGGACGAUCAGGGGGACCACAAAGCCAAGUCCAGGAGAGAAGGACGAUCAGGGGGACCACAGCCAAGUCCAGGAGAGAAGGACGAUCAGGGGGACCACAGCCAAGUCCAGGAGAGAAGGACGAUCAGGGGGACCACAGCCAAGUCCAGGAGAGAAGGACGAUCAGGGGGACCACAAAGCCAAGUCCAGGAGAGAAGGACGAUCAGGGGGACCACAGCCAAGUCCAGGAGAGAAGGACGAUCAGGGGGACCACAGCCAAGUCCAGGAGAGAAGGACGAUCAGGGGGACCACAGCCAAGUCCAGGAGAGAAGGCGAUCAGGGGGACCACAGCCAAGUCCAGGAGAGAAGGACGAUCAAGGGGACCACAGCCAAGUCCAGGAGAGAAGGACGAUCAGGGGGACCACAGCCAAGUCCAGGAGAGAAGGACGAUCAGGGGGACCACAGCCAAGUCCAGGAGAGAAGGACGAUCAGGGGACCACAGCCAAGUCCAGGAGAGAAGGACGAUCAGGGGGACCACAGCCAAGUCCAGGAGAGAAGGACGAUCAGGGGGACCACAGCCAAGUCCAGGAGAGAACGCGAUCAGGGGGACCACAGCCAAGUCCAGGAGAGAAGGACGAUCAGGGGGACCACAGCCAAGUCCAGGAGAGAAGGACGAUCAGGGGGACCACAGCCAAGUCCAGGAGAGAAGGACGAUCAGGGGGACCACAGCCAAGUCCAGGAGAGAAGGACGAUCAGGGGGACCACAGCCAAGUCCAGGAGAGAAGGACGAUCAAGGGGACCACAGCCAAGUCCAGGAGAGAAGGACGAUCAGGGGGACCACAGCCAAGUCCAGGAGAGAAGGACGAUCAGGGGGACCACAGCCAAGUCCAGGAGAGAAGGACGAUCAGGGGGACCACAGCCAAGUCCAGGAGAGAAGGACGAUCAGGGGGACCACAGCCAAGUCCAGGAGAGAAGGACGAUCAGGGGGACCACAGCCAAGUCCAGGAGAGAACGCGAUCAGGGGGACCACAGCCAAGUCCAGGAGAGAAGGACGAUCAGGGGGACCACAGCCAAGUCCAGGAGAGAAGGACGAUCAGGGGGACCACAGCCAAGUCCAGGAGAGAAGGACGAUCAGGGGGACCACAGCCAAGUCCAGGAGAGAAGGACGAUCAGGGGGACCACAGCCAAGUCCAGAGAGAAGGACGAUCAGGGGGACCACAGCCAAGUCCAGGAGAGAAGGACGAUCAGGGGGACCACAGCCAAGUCCAGGAGAGAAGGACGAUCAGGGGGACCACAGCCAAGUCCAGGAGAGAAGGACGAUCAGGGGGACCACAGCCAAGUCCAGGAGAGAAGGACGAUCAGGGGGACCACAGCCAAGUCCAGGAGAGAAGGACGAUCAGGGGGACCACAGCCAAGUCCAGGAGAGAAGGGACGAUCAGGGGGACCACAGCCAAGUCCAGGAGAGAAGGACGAUCAGGGGACCACAGCCAAGUCCAGGAGAGAAGGACGAUCAGGGGGACCACAGCCAAGUCCAGGAGAGAAGGACGAUCAAGGGGACCACAGCCAAGUCCAGGAGAGAAGGACGAUCAGGGGGACCACAGCCAAGUCCAGGAGAGAAGGAUGAUCAGGGGGACCACAGCCAAGUCCAGGAGAGAAGGACGAUCAGGGGGACCACAGCCAAGUCCAGGAGAGAAGGGCGAUCAGGGGGACCACAGCCAAGUCCAGGAGAGAAGGACGAUCAGGGGGGACCACAGCCAAGUCCAGGAGAGAAGGACGUUCAGGGGGACCACAGCCAAGUCCAGGAGAGAAGGGACGAUCAGGGGGACCACAGCCAAGUCCAGGAGAGAAGGACGAUCAGGGGGACCACAGCCAAGUCCAGGAGAGAAGGACGAUCAAGGGGACCACAGCCAAGUCCAGGAGAGAAGGACGAUCAGGGGGACCACAGCCAAGUCCAGGAGAGAAGGACGAUCAGGGGGACCACAGCCAAGUCCAGGAGAGAAGGACGAUCAGGGGGACCACAGCCAAGUCCAGGAGAGAAGGACGAUCAGGGGGACCACAGCCAAGUCCAGGAGAGAAGGACGAUCAGGGGGACCACAGCCAAGUCCAGGAGAGAAGGACGAUCAGGGGGACCACAGCCAAGUCCAGGAGAGAAGGACGAUCAGGGGGACCACAGCCAAGUCCAGGAGAGAAGGGACGAUCAGGGGGACCACAGCCAAGUCCAGGAGAGAAGGACGAUCAGGGGGACCACAGCCAAGUCCAGGAGAGAAGGACGAUCAGGGGGACCACAGCCAAGUCCAGGAGAGAAGGACGAUCAGGGGGACCACAGCCAAGUCCAGACAGGAACUCAUGGAGGAGCUCAUCCUCAAGUCCAAACAGGAAAAGAGGGCGAGGCAGAACCAGGUGCUGACUGAGAAGCUGGGCCAGGACUGGAAGAGCAUCCAGCGACCGCUGUCCCACAAGAAUGCCCCCAAGGCUGACAGACCAGAGGAGGACAAAACCAAGGGGAGAGAACCUGAUCAGCUGGAUGAGUAUGACAUGAUGGUGCGUGAGCUGGGCUUUGAGAUGAAGGCUCAGCCCUCAGAGAAGGUGAAGACUCCAGAGGAGGUGGCCAGGGAGGAGAGGGAGCGCCUGCAGAAACUAGAGGUAUGGAUGCUGAGGAGGAUGAUGGGAGAUGUCGUAGAAGACGGCACCAAGACCCAGACUCACCUAUCAGCUGACGACCUCAACGACGGCUUCAUCCUGGACGGAGAUGACAGACUCUGGCCUAUCAGCUUUAAACCCAACAACGCAGAUGGGAAGUGGAACAUCAACAAGGAGGUGGCAGAGAUGGAGGGGGGUGACGAUGAAGAGGGAGGUGAAGGAGAGCGUGGUGAGGAGGAGGAUAGCCACUCAGACCUGGACUCUGAGCAGGAAACUCCAGAGAGCUCCAGUGAUCUGAAGGGCCUGCUCCAGGGUCAUCCUGCUGACCACCGGUGUAUCAUCCUGGCCAGGACGCAGAAGUCUAACCACCCCAGUCUGGCUGUGGGCAACAAACUAAAACUACAGUGUCCAGUGACAUCAUUAGAGGAUGUGACAUCAGGCCUGGUGCUGUGCUGCUUGGCUGUAGAUGACCUCUCCUUCUCCAAGAGGUUCUGUCCUGAGCUCAUCAACUUCCUGCUGGGUGUGCUACACCUGGCCAUGCCAGAUAAGACCUCUACAGGUUACUCAGUGGUGCCGCCCUUCAGGUAGAGCGGGAAGGACAGUGACCUGCUGGUGCUGUCAGACCCAGAGUCCAGCCAGACAUGGAGUAAGAAGAGCCUGCCUCUCUCUGCCAUGCUGCAGCUCACCCUCGCCACCGACCUGGACACGGACCACUACAGGCUGUCUCCUGUAGCCACAUCUUCCAGCCAAUCAGCACACUGCUCUCCAAACACCUUCCUGUCAAUACGUACACUACAGCCUGACAUGAGGAUCAUGGGGAAGUCCUUGCAGCCAUAUCCGGCUCCCAGACAUCACGUCCUCCCCUGGUGUUUGAGAAGAAGAAACCCAUUCCUCUUAAACUGUUCACAACAAAGAUUGUAGAAGUGCUGGACUAUGGGAAGAGGUGAGGGAGAAGGAGAGGUUAAACCACAACUAUACGAAGGAGUUUAAGGGAGCUCUGAGAGAGAUCCGUAAAGACACCCGCUUCCUGGCCUGAGAGGUCACUGACCUCUGAAGAGGAGGAACAGACACUGACCUAUUCACAACUGAAGAGGAGGAAGAACAGACACUGACCUGUUCACAACUGAAGAGGAGGAACAGACACUGACCUAUUCACAACUGAAGAGGAGGAAGAACAGACACUGACCUGUUCACAACUGAAGAGGAGGAAGAACAGACACUGACCUAUUCACAACUGAAGAGGAAGAACAGACACUGACCUAUUCACAACUGAAGAGGAGGAAGAACAGACACUGAACUAUUCACAACUGAAGAGGAAGAACAGACACUGACCUAUUCACAACUGAAGAGGAGGAAGAACAGACACUGACCUAUUCACAACUGAAGAGGAGGAACAGACACUGACCUGUUCACAACUGCUUCGUACUGUCAGUUACAAACUUUAGUAUUUUUUUUUAUAUUCUCUUUUUGUUUUCAACAUUGUUGGAGAAAAUUGCUGAGAACAACUACAGUGCAAAAGUAUUCAGACCCCUUGGAUUUCAUUUCAAGUGGGAUUACAUUUGAUUUAAAUCAUUUUUUGUCACCAAUUUACAAAGUGGAAUAAUUGUAUUUUUGAUAAAAAAAAUUCACAACUAAAAUAGUUGAACCUCCUUUUGCCCUCAGAACAGCCUCAAUUCAUUGGGGCAUGGACUCUACAAGGUGUCGAAAGCGUUCCA